AUGACUCUCCAUAGCAGCACAAUUGCAUUUCUAGUCUUGAUCUUCAGUUUAGUGUGUUCAUUGGAUUUUGUUGUAGCCGCCCGGAAUAAUCGAUAUGUAACAUGUGGUACAGUACUGAAACUGCUCAAUACUGACUACAAGGUGCGAUUACAUUCGCAUGAUGUAAAAUAUGGAACGGGUUCGGGUCAACAGUCGGUUACCGCCACGGAACUGCAGGAAGAUGUUAACAGCCAUUGGGCAGUGAAGGCUGCCACAGGCAAACAUUGUGAUCGAGGAGAGCCAAUUAAAUGUGGAGAUACUAUUCGACUGCACCAUCUAGCUACGAACAAAAACCUUCAUUCCCAUCAUUUCCAGAGUCCGCUGUCUGGUAACCAAGAGAUUUCAGCCUAUGGUGAUGAGCGAGGUGAGGGAGAUUCUGGAGAUCACUGGCUGUUAAUUUGCUCGGGCGACAGUUGGCAGCGAGCGAACCCUGUCCGGUUUCAGCACACCGAUACCGACAUGUAUCUUGGCGUGUCCGGGCGUACCUUUGGACGGCCAAUCAAUGGUCAGAUGGAAGUGGUUGGUAUUCCGAAUCCUUACUCUGGCACGGAAUGGGUCGCUGCUGAAGGGCUCUUCAUCCAUCCGACGGAGAAGGAUAGUGGUGCUCGAGUGCAUACCGAGCUGUGAGCGGUAGGAGGAUAAUAAUGCAUAUUGCAUGACCGAUUAUUAUUUAUUGUGGCCAGCCUAACGCAAUAUUGAAAUAGCUCAAUCAAGGAUGAUACGUUUUAACGCAAACAACCGGACUACACGAAGUUAUUGUCCAACAGACGAUUGUGUAGGUUCGAAACAAUGAAUACUGUGCAAAAUACAACAU